UUAUUUAUUUAUUUAUUUAUUAAUAUUUAUUAUUUAUUAUUUAUUAUUAUUAUUAUUAUUAUUAUUAUUUUUUAUUUUUAUUUUUUUUUAAAUUAUUAUUAUUUUUUUUUUACAGGAUUGUCGCUAUUGGUGGUCGUAUGUCAUGCCCAGCUCAGUCCAAACGACCCCUGCAGGGGGAGACCUGCCGGGUUUCUCUCUCAGGCGGGCAACUGUCAAAUCUUCAUCGAGUGUACCGAAACAUCGUCGUUCCGUAUCAAGCGAUGCGCAAGUGGCACACUCUUCGACGACGUCUCCAGGCGAUGUGUGGCGGCGUCGGAGAUCACGAGAAACGACUGCAACAACGGGAAUGGGCCAAACCAAAACUGGAAUCGACCAAACCAGAACUGGAAUCGACCAAACCAAAACUGGAAUCGACCAAACCAAAACUGGAAUCGACCAAACCGAAACCAAUUUCAGCGGUUGCCCACUUACAGACCGAUACGGCAGACGUCUGCUCCGACAUGGCAGACGAGUCGUUGGACCAAUCAGCGGAACAAUCAGCGGACCAAUCAGCGUCGGACUGGACAGACAUGGACGCGAUCAACAAGAAGACCUUGGACUCGACCAACAAGGCGACCCUGGACGCGUCCCGUCGUGAGGCCCAUUCCGAAUCAGGGUGGACAGGUGUUUAUCAAUGUAGUGUCAAACAGCCAGAACUCCAUUAACCGAAUAGACUGCCAACAGUUACAGCGUGACGUCAACUUCUGGAUGUCCAAUCAGGCGAGAACUUACUGCCGGAACUGCCAGCUCAAUAUUCCCACCAUCAGCGUUCUGUGUACUCAACGCCAGCUUCGUGGAUAAAAAUAAAUAAGUAUCUGUGUUUGGUCAGUGGAGAACGUAACUGAAGAAGCCAAGGAGGAGUUCAGUUGGAAAGCCACAAUCAUAUCAACAGAAAUCAGACAUAUCUACCAGCUCAUCUUUUUAAAAGAUAUUAACUACCACAAGUUAUAUUUGCUUUUGUUUCUAAUUGCUUAAAGUGUUUAGUGUUCUCUCCAGGUUUAAGUUUUCUCAAGGUACGGCGGAGGGGGUGGGGGGAAUUGCUAGAGCUCCCCCAUCACAAUUCUGAAUAAAAAAUAUUAUUGGUAGUAAAUCUUAAGGCAGAGAGGAAUGUUACUUGUAGAAUGCAGGAAAUAGCAUUUCAGGACAUCUACUUUUCAAAAUUUUACGAGGGAGCAUACCCCUGAAUUCCCAUAGAAACUUUAC